AUGGCGGAUAAAAACAAGAAUUUUUUUCAGAUAAUCAUGAAUAAUUUAAAUUUGGUCAAUGAUUUAAAUGAAACAUGCAUAACGGAUGAUAUUAUGCUUGAAGAUUUUCAAUGGAAUGAAACAUCUUGGAUGGAUGAUACGAUUAUUUCUCAAUCAAAAUCUUUUGAUUCUAAAUUUAAUAACAGUAUUGGAAAUUUCACACAGUCAAUAUCAAUAAAUAAAAUGACAUGUGAUAACGAUGAAGGGACAACCUUUGGUCAAAAUAAGCUAAAUCAAAUAGAAAUAAUGGAGAAUGAUGAGUUGGUGGUACAAAAUUUGGAAUUUUCAUUAUUUGAUGGCAAAAGUCAAGAACUUGUAGAAGAACAAUCUAGCCAAAAUGAUAUAAAUGAAAAUACAUCUUUUUAUGGACUCUCAAAAAAUGUUGAAUUAUUAAUCAAACAAACCAAAAAUAUAACUAAUUUAUAUGAUUGGCAAGAUGAAUGCUUAAAAGCUGUCGAUAAUCGCAAAAAUUUAAUUUACGCGCUUCCAACAAGUGGAGGAAAAACUCUAGUUGCUGAAAUUCUGAUGUUGAAACAAAUUUUGUGCCAUAAAAAAAAUGUUAUAUUUGUUCUUCCAUAUGUUGCUAUUGUACAAGAGAAGAUUCAAACACUAUCACCAUUUGCCAUACAAUUGGGAUUUUUAUUAGAAGAGUAUGCUGGUAGCAAAGGUCAAUAUCCACCGAUCAAGAGAAGACGAAAAAAUACGAUUUUCAUAUGUACCAUUGAAAAGGCGUCAGGAUUAUUAAAUAGUUUAAUUGAAACUGAUAGGUUGGAUGAAAUUGGACUUGUUGUUGUUGAUGAAUUACAUUCACUGGGUGAAAAUAGUGGCAGAGGAGCAACUUUAGAAGGAUUUUUAGCUAAAAUAAUUUUUAUAGAUAAAAGUAUUCAAAUUAUUGGGAUGAGUGCAACAAUCGGUAAUCUAAACGAGAUUGCUGAAUUUUUAAAAGCUGAUCUCUAUACGAAAAACUUCCGACCAGUAGAGCUGGAAGAAUAUGUUAUGUGCAAUGAUCAAUUAUGGCAAGUCGAUCUUAAAACUGAUGAUAUACUGAGAUUAAAAAAAAGAGUUGCUCAAUCUUAUUCAGAAACUGUAUCUGAAUUAGAUCCAGACAAAAUAGGUGGUUUAGUUAUGGAGGUCGUUCCGAAGCAAAAUUGUUUAAUAUUUUGCGCUAGUCGAAAGAAUUGUGAAAAUGUUUCACUGCUGAUGACCAAAGUUCUUUGUAGAUCUUUGAUGGAAUAUAAUAAGGCAGAAAAGCUGAAACUCUUAAGUAAUUUAAAAGACGAAGAUCAACACAUAUGUCCAAUUUUAUUGCAAACCAUCAAAUAUGGAGUUGCUUAUCAUCAUUCUGGUUUAACUAAUGAUGAAAGACGAUUACUGGAGGAAGCAUUUAAAGAUAAUGUCAUUUCUGUAAUAUGUUGCACUUCGACAUUGGCUGCAGGAGUAAAUUUGCCAGCUAGAAGGGUUAUUUUACGAAGCCCAUAUGUAGGAAGUGAAUUUAUAAAUCUUAGUAGAUACAAACAAAUGAUCGGUCGAGCAGGGAGAGCUGGAAUGGCGGAAAAAGGAGAAAGUAUUUUGAUCUGUAAACAAUCAGAUAUUCCAAAGGUUCGAGAACUUUUAAAAUCUAAAAUUGAAGAUUGUGUGAGUUCUUUGAGCUCAGAAGAAAAUCGUGGAAUAAACAAUUUAAUAUUGAGUUCUGUUAUGUUGUCACUUGUAAAAACUCGAACUCAAAUACAUGAUCUUGUCAAUACAUCUUUACUCAAGAUACAAGCUUCACAACUCAACAUAGAUAUAAAAAAAAUUACUGAUGAUGCAAUAAAAAAUUUAAUAAAAAUAAAAGCUUUGCAAGUUGAUAACAAACUUAUGAAAGCAAAUAUGACAAUAGGGAUUCAAUCUCAAUUACCUGCAGAAUCAACCGAUGUAGACAGAUCUAUUGAUUUAAAAACGGCGUAUCUUAUUUACGAGGAUUUAACAGUUGCUCAAAAACACUUGAUGCUCUGCAAUGAUCUCCAUAUUUUAUUCUUAGUUACACCCUAUCAUUUAGCAGAUCAGUUAAUUCCUAUUGGCCUAAUAUACUACGAAGCGAUUAUGAAUUUGCCACCACAAUCAAUGGAUGUUGCGAGAUUAUUAGGAAUCAAUGAAGUUGCUGUUAUAAAGUUACGAGAAGGAGUAACACCAAAGAAUGUUCCUGAACGGAUUUUCCGAAAAUUUUAUUUAACCCUAGUUUUAAGUGAAUUACGGCAAAAUCGUCCAUUACAUGAAGUCGCUGAUAAAUACCAAGUAAAUCGUGGCAGAAUCCAAAAUUUAUUAUCUACUACAACAUCGUUUGCUCAUUCAAUGAUUAAAUUUUGUCAGGAACUUCCCGAGUUUUGGGCGUUUACAGAUUUAUUCACAUCAUUUCAUAAAAAACUCAUUUAUAAUUGUUCAGCUGAACUGGAGCCAUUGAUGGAAUUACCUGCCGUGAAAAUCGCACGAGCGAAACAGAUGUAUAACGCUGGGUAUAAAACAUUACAAUUGAUUGCAUCAGCAGAUCCAAAAGAAUUAAAAAGUAAAAUAAAUCAUUUGUCACGUAAAACUGUUGAUCAAAUAAUAGUUGCAGCGAAGCUUUUGAUAAUAUCAAAAAUGGAAAAUCUUAAAGAAGAAGUCGAUGAAAUGUUAGUUGGUUUAAGUUCCGAAACUUGCUUUCAUGAUUAA